CCACGACCUUUCGCCUCCACUAAGUCCUCUCUGAAUAGCACGAGGCUUACCAAGUCGUCCAAAUCCUCAACAUGUCCGCAGAAAAGCGCCCCGCUGCGCCGUCGUUUGGUUCCAGCCAGCUCGUCAAGCGCCAGAAAUCCGAUGCGAACCUGGGCAGCAGCGCAGUCGCAGUAGUUAAUGGGUCCGCUCAGAAUGGCGCUCUUAUACAAGCAGUACCACGCACGAGUGCGCUUCAGGCGCCGAUAAUGGAGUUGACUGGCCAUACAGGCGAGGUCUUCGCGACACGAUUCGACCCUACCAGCGAGCACAUAGCAUCCGGCUCAAUGGACCGAUCAAUCUUACUAUGGCGGACCUAUGGACAGUGUGAGAACUAUGGAGUUCUCAACGGACACAAGGGAGCAGUUUUGGAUCUACAAUGGUCUAGGGACUCGAAUACCCUGUUCUCUGCUUCUGCGGAUAUGACGCUGGCUAGCUGGGAUCUCGAAACGGGCCAGAGAAUUCGGCGGCAUGAGGGGCACGAGGAGGUCAUCAAUUGCAUGGAUCUAAGCAAACGCGGAGAGGAACUGGUGGUCAGUGGGUCUGACGAUGGGUAUAUUGGAAUAUGGGACCCGCGACAAAAGCACGCAAUCGAAUACAUCGAGACCGAGUUCCCCGUAACUGCGAUCGCUCUCUCGGAAGCGGGGAACGAGCUGUUCUCUGGUGGAAUCGACAAUGAUAUCAAAGUCUGGGAUCUUCGGAAGAGAGCGGUGGCGUACUCCCUCAUUGGUCACACGGAUACCGUCACAUCACUGCAGAUAUCGCCAGAUUCACAGUCGCUGCUGUCGCAUUCGCACGACUCUACAGUCCGAACUUGGGACAUACGGCCAUUCGCAGCUACAAACCGGCAUCUACACACCUACGACGGCGCUCACGUCGGCAUGGAGAAGAACCUCCUCAAAGCCAGCUGGGACUCGAAGGGCGAGAAGAUUGCUGCGGCCAGCGGGGAUCAGAGCGUGAUUGUCUGGGAUGCUCGCACCGGGAAGCUGCUGUACAAGCUCCCAGGCCAUCGUGGAUGCGUAAACGAUGUGCGGUUCUCACCGCGGGAUGAACCAAUCAUCGUUUCUGGAUCGUCGGACCGCACGCUGAUGCUGGGGGAGUUGGGCAAGUGAGGAGAGGAGCGGCCGCUUUGACCGAGUGGCUUGAUAUUGCACGAGAGGAAUAGGAUGACUAGACCGAGGCGUCCAUCGGCAGCUGGCUGACGCUGCUGGUGUCACAGGAGGCGGACCUUACAUGCUGGACACAUCGGUGAGACGCACUGCCACCAGGAACAGCAGGAGAAGUCAUCAGUGCAAGACCACGCGUACACGACGCGUUGAGGACGUCCGAUAUAUAGAUGCGUACGACCACAAGCGGCGCCAAGUAACAACAAAUGCCAAAUCAGUGCAUUUGCGACCUUGAAAACCCA